CGCGAAUAAGCGUUAUGUGCGCGUAACGCAUCGUUUGCAGCGGAUGAAGGAACGGCUCUUUCGCCUAAGAAAAUUUCUUGACAAGAAAGACUUAGGAGGAAAAGAAGAAGACGAAGCUACGAAAAAUGAGAAUGUGCUCUCGCCGACUGACUUGAUGAAUCAAGCCUUUGGAGGUGGCGCUGUCUACUACCCUCAUGCAGAUUACAAUGCGGGGACGUUUUUAACACAGUCCGACACGGGUGUUGCCGACGAACGGGGAAGUCCAUCUUCUAGGCGAGGUGGGCGGAGUGACCAAAAUAGAGAUAAAGCGAGGACCAGAAAAGAUGGUAAGUCAGGAAAGCUUGUGGCGAUAUUGCCAACGCCGGACACUGUAUGGAAAAAGAUCAAAGAGGAGGACAGCAAACAAGUUUCACCGAACAAUGCUAAAAGAUCACAGCGUUGUGGACUAUGUGAACUAGAGUUCUCUGCAGAGAACCUGGCCACGAGGGUACUCACUUCUUUCAGAUAGGAGGUUUCCAUAAGAAGUAAGAGUCCGAAUUCCGAAGAUGAAGACACAAACCUCUGUGCAAGUUGUACAGUAAUUCGGACACUUGUUUUCGAAUUGCGCAUUUCUACAACGGAUUUGCAAGCAAUAAACCUCGCCACCUCUACUCACACAGAUAACGCAAUCCCGGGUGGACAAAUUGAGAUCGGAGUGGAUGGCCUCGUGUACCGAUCCCGUUUUGUUGGCGAUCGACUGGCGUGUGGCAUCCUCGUACGACAAAGUCGCUCUCUGCGCGUUUUGUAGGGAAAUCGCGAAAUUUCAUGUUGACACCGAAAAGGUGUAGGAAUGGUGAGGUUUCAUUUCUACUUACUCAGAAUUAAGUACACAUGAUGUAACUCGCUUGCAUCUUGUUUUGAAGAGUCUACUAAAACUUACUACAUUGCAUUAAUUUCUGAGGAUCUAUAUUCAACUUUUGCGGAAGACCAAUGCCGUGCAUUUGUUGCAUGAAUAUCAGUGUUGCUUUUCUUGAUAGAGUUAUGGUUCGUUUCGAAUAUGUUGAGUCACUAGUAGUGGCAAUUAAGAUUCAAAAUGCAGCACAUCCAGUCCAUCUUCUGGACAAAAUCGCAAUGCAUCGGAUUUUUCUGACUCAGCUCGUUCCCUCGUUCCUUGCAGCAACAUGAUAUGAGAUAAAAUCGCUGAAGCGUUCGCUUUUGAUGUUGGAGCAGCGAAGCAGAUUGCACUCAGUUGUUGUUAGCUAACUAAGUGUGCGUGAAGUUUUUCAUCAGCAGCGCAAUACAAACCAACAUUAGGAAGAAGAUGCG